AUGACUCUCAAACUCUACGGCUCGGCUAUGUCCACUUCCCGUGUCUUAGUCACCAUUCUGGAAUUGAACCUGCCCUAUGAACUUGUCCUUGUUGACAUUGCAAAGGGAGAACAAAAGAGUGAGGACUAUAGAAAGCUGCAGCCUUUCGGCAAGGUGCCAGCUUUGGAGGACAACGGGUUUUUCAUGUUUGAGAGUCGGGCAAUCUGCAAGUAUCUCGCCAAAAAGUAUGCGUCGAAGAAGGGGCUGAUGCCAGACGCUGAUGACCGUGCGUAUGGACGUUUCGAACAAGCCUGUUCUGUGGAACAAAGUUAUUUUGGUGCUGCUGCCGAGACAAUUGGUACUGAGAUGAUAAUCAAACCAAUGAAAGGUCUGGGAGCUCCAGAUGAGGGUAGAGUUGCAGAGGCAGAGAGUGCUUUGGAAACAGUCUUAGGUGUUUAUGACAGGAUUCUGGCUACACAGAAAUAUCUCUGCGGAGAUGAAAUAUCUCUAGCUGAUCUUUUCCACCUGCCAAACGGGGCGGCUCUGAUGGCGGGAAAGUGGAAGGAGACGUUUCAGAGAUAUCCCAAUGCAGACAGAUGGUUCAAGGGAUUGCAACAGCGGGAGACGUGGUUGAGGGCGGCUGCAGAGAGCGGGACAUUUCCAUAGCGCGUAUUGCGAAUACCCGACGAGCAAUGAACCGAAAGUAUUUGAUGUUAUUCGUAGGCAGCAACGCAAUGUCAGUACCGCGCAAUGUGACGGAAAGAGGCGCCGGGACGACUGAAGUUGUUGCCGUAGGAAUCUGAUUAUGUGCGAGCCGUCCGAUAUCUCAGUUACAAGGGACCUUUUGGCACUACCGAUCGAAG